UGCCAGUGUAUCUCCGUUCAUAAAUAUUCAAGCCACGGAUUUGAACCUGUGGUGUCUACCUACCUAGACACCUAUGCAUGAGCAGGUAUAGAACCUACCGGCUGCAACAUACGACUUGAAAUAUUCCAACAUGAAACAAAAGGCACCUGAAAUUCCUUUCCUUAACAUCUGCUUCGGAACUCGGACUCAAGGCACGAAGAUGUUCACCGGGUGGUACUGUAUCCAUUCCAAGACUCCAUCGUCCAUUGACUCGACUCCACCCCAGCCACCCCGAUCAUGCAGUGUUGCGGGAGGCAGCAAGACAUGGCAGCAAGACAUCUGCGUCACUUUAUAUGGGACCAAUGCUAUCGUUCAAGCUUGUUUGUCUGCAAGAUGGAGAAUAUAUGACAAAAUACUAUGGGGGCAUUCGCCUGGCCAAGAUGCUAGCUACACUGUACAGUACCACCGCUGCAGUGCAUUCCUUGAUAUGCAGCAGUGACUACCAAGGGAAAGCUGGUUGCUCUGUGGCUUGGCUUGGUUGACGCCUCCUGAGUACUGUAGUAAAGGAGCCAUUGUUUCUUGAUGAUAGGAGCCACAAAGGUCCGUAUUCCAGCCAUGGCACUGACACCUCCUCCCAUAGUGAGAGGUAGGCCCAGUACAGUAUACCUAUGUAGGUAGCAUAAUCUACCGAACCGUCAAUGCCGCGUCGGUCUCCGAGUCCAAGUUUUCAGCAGUAUAACAUCUCCGCAGCCUAACAAUAGAAAC